AUGGCGUCUAAAAAGUCAAAAUGCUGGAACUAUUUCAACAAAGUAAGCAACAGAAAAGCUAAGUGCAAUCUUUGUUCAGCAGAAGUAGCAACUUCAGGAGGGACUUCAAAUAUGUUAUUCCAUUUGAAUAGACAUCACAAUAUUUUAUUGACCAGUACUACUACUCCCCGCGUGACUACUCGGGCUUCUGGGGAUGUUGCCAUACAACCUAAGUGUGAAACGAAAAUACUCAACCCUUGUCCUACAAAUCCGUGGACACUCUCAGCUUCACACAAAUUGCCACUUGCAAGAGCUAACGAAAUAACAACGGCUAUUUUAAACUACAUCAUUCAUGAUCUGCGGCCCUUCGCUACCAUUGAGAGCCCUGUUUUUAGGAAAAUGCUCUCAACACUCGAGCCCCGUUAUCGUCCCCCAAAUCGUGCCAGAAUGAGUGAGGAAUUGAUUCCUGCCUUGUAUGAAAAUGAAAAAAGCAAACUGUAUUCUGAACUACAGAGCUCUGAAGCAGUGUCGCUUACCUGUGAUGGCUGGACCUCCAGGGCAACAGAGUCCUUUCUCACAGUGACUUGUCAUUACAUAAAUAAAAACUGGGAUUUGUGUUCAAAAAUCCUACAAACUGAUCAUUUUGAAGGGUCACAUACUGGCCAGAAAGUUGGAUUUGAACUCAAAACAAUGAUGAUAAACUGGGGUAUUUCUGACAAAGUUGAAGUGAUUACAGUGGAUAACGCAAGUAACAUGACAGUUGCAGUUGAAGUAUCAGGUGCUAAUCUGAAACUUGGUUGUUUUGCACAUACCCUGAACUUGGCAUCUAACAAGGUUCUUGGUAUUCCUUCUCUUGAAAAGAUUCUCGGUAAAGUACGUUCAGUUGUUACCUACUUCCACAAAAGCAAUAUUGCCACAGAAAUUUUGAAAGAAAAGCAGUUGGCCCUUCAGUUGCCAAAGCACAAGCUGAUCAUGGAUUGCAAAACACGUUGGAAUUCAACUUAUCAACUGUUGCAGAGGUUUUUGGAGCAAAGACCUGCAAUUCUAGCCGCUCUUCUGGAUGAAAGGGUGAAAAAAGCAGACAAGAGUAGGGUUGUUAGUGGACUUGGUGAUUCAGACAUUCAGAUUUGUGAGGAGUUUGUGUUGAAUAUGGAAGUAAUGCUGACAGCUACACUUGUUUUAUGUGAAGAGAAGUCUCCUACAGCUGGUCUUCUGCUUCCACUCCUGAACAAGCUAAAAGACCACUUUAAAGCAAAGGCAGAUGAUUCAGCAUUUGUGAAGUCUUUAAAAAAUGCUGUAGGUUCCAAUUUGCUUACAAGAUACACAGAUCCAAACUUGAAAAAUUUUCUUGAGGAAGCCAGUGCAUUAGAUCCACGCACAAAGAAUAAAGCAUGUAUCAGUGAGAAAACAUGGGACAGGAUUGAGGAUAAAAUGACUGUUCUUGAUGUUAUGGAAGUUACAGUAAAAUCUGAGAUUGCUCAUAAUGAUGACAUCCCUCACACUUCUGCUGCAAUUCCUGAUUUGCCUGUGAUGUUGGGUGAGGCCAAGAAGAAUGCAGAUGAGGACAUGAAAGAUGCAGCUGAGGAGAUUGACAAGCCUCCACCUGCAAAAAAAACAGCCCUAGAAUCUCUGUUUGAUGAAGAAAUCACUAUUACAGGAGAGGAACCUCCACUCUCUGCAAUGAAAGAAAACCCAUUGCUGUGGUGGAAAGCUAAUGAACUGUUUUUCCCUCGCCUGUCCAAGCUUGCAAUUAGAUAUUGUUGUGUGCAGGCUACAUCAGUAGCAUCAGAAAGAGUCUCUAGUACAACUGGUGACAUUGUGUCAGCUACUCGUGCAUGCCUUAAAGCAGAAAAUGUUAAUGCACUGAUUGUUCCGAUUAAAGCUGACCUGAAAUUGAAUUGCAAUACAUUUGGAGAUAGAUACAGCUAA